AUGAUUGGGGCUGGAAUUUACGUACUCGCUGGUUCUGUCGUGCAUUCCCAAACGGGACCAUCGAUCAUCAUCUCGUUUAUGCUGGCCGGAUUCGCAGCUCUGAUGUCCGCUUUCAGCUAUGCGGAAUUCGGAGCGAGAUAUCCGCGAGCUGGUAGCGCUUAUACUUAUGCUUACGUGGGUGUUGGAGAAAUUUGGGCGUUUACCAUUGGAUGGACUGUUAUUCUUGAAUACAUGAUCGGAAAUGCAGGUUAGCA